CCGCGCGCUCUGCUCACUGCUCACUCCAAACAAACAUCGUCUGCGGCCUAGCCGCCUAGGCAACGACAGCGCGACGAGAGCCACACACUCGUCACUUCGUCAGUCGUCACGGAGAUGGCCGCCGCCGCCGCCGCGGAUGAGCCGUGCCGCUGCCACAUUGUGGCGGUGCCGUUCCCCGGGAGGGGCCACGUCAACGCCAUGAUGAACCUGUCCCGCCUCCUCGCCGCGCGCGGCGCCGCGGUCACCUUCGUCGUCACCGAGGAGUGGCUCGGCCUGCUCCGCUCCUCCUCCUCCUCCGCCCCGCCGCCGCCCGGCGUCCGCCUGCGCGCCAUCCCCAACGUCAUCCCCUCCGAGCACGGCCGCGCCGCCGACCAUGCGGGCUUCCUCGACGCCGUCGCCACCGAGAUGGAGGCGCCCUUCGAGCUCCUGCUCGACCGCCUCCGGGAGGAGGAGGGGGAGGUCGCGGCGCUCGUGGCGGACACCUACGUGCCCUGGGUCGUGGGCGUCGGCAACCGGAGGGGCGUCCCGGUCUGCUCGCUCUUCCCCAUGCCCGCCUCCUUCUUCUCCGCCUACUACCACUUUGACUCCCUCCCGCCGCGCCUCGCCGACGAGCACGCCCCGGCCGCCGGCGCCGCUACAGAUAAAUCUGAUGAGAGACUUGAGCACUAUAUCUCAGGCUUUGCUUCAAGUUCAGUGACCUUAUCUGAUCUGGAGCCCCUAAUUCACAACAAGACAACAGUAAACCAUGUCCUAGCAGCUGUCUCUAGCAUCAAGAACGCGCAAUGCCUCCUAUUCACCACUAUGCACGAGCUCGAGGCCGGUGUCAUCAACUCCCUAAGAUCAGCACUCCCAUGUCCAGUUCUCCCAGUUGGGCCCUGCAUUCCCUACAUGACACUACAAGACCAGCAUUCCAAGUCCAAUGGAGAAGUUGCCACCAGUCCAGGAGACUGCUUCACCUGGCUAGACUCUCAACCUGUGAACUCGGUGCUAUAUGUCUCCCUCGGCAGCUUCCUCUCUGUGUCAGCCUCCCAGCUUGAUGAGAUAGCAUUAGGCCUUGCAUCAAGCGGUGUCAGGUUCUUAUGGAUUCUUCGCGAAAAGUCUUCCCGGGUGCGAGAACUUGUUGGUGACACCGACAGGGGCAUGAUAAUGGCAUGGUGUGAUCAGUUGAAGGUUUUAUGCCAUCCUUCUGUUGGGGGCUUUCUGACACAUUGUGGAAUGAACUCGACACUUGAAGCUGUCUUUGCUGGCGUGCCUAUGCUUGCUCUACCACUGUUCUUUGAUCAACCGAUUGAUGGUCGUCUGAUUGUUGAAGACUGGAAGGUUGGACUGGCCCUGCGCGAAUGGGCCGAUAAGGAUGGCCUGAUUGGGAGUCAGGACAUUGCAAGGGCUGUUAAGAGGCUCAUGGCCUGUGAUGAGGCCGAUACCAAGGCGAUAAGGAGGCGUGCCCUUGAGUGGAAAGAGGUCUGUGGCAGAGCUGUUGAAGAGGGUGGAUCUUCGUAUGAUAAUCUCAGUUCAUUGAUGCAGAUGGUAUGCGAGUCACGAUGUGCUGAACUCGAUCAGCAAUGUUCCAAAACUGAUGCUUGAAAUGCAUCAUCUAUUCAAAUGUUGUCUGAGUGUAGUUUUGAUGGGAGAGCUACGGUUUCUGGCAGAGCAAUUCAUUGUCCUGAACUCACUCAGCCAUUUGGUUUCAUUGUUCUUGUAUCUUCCAUUCAUUGUCCUGAACUCAAUGAGCCAUUUGGUUUCAUUAUUCUAAGACUACUUGUGCAAAUAAGGUUCAGAAUAUGAAGGUGCAAAUAUGGUGUUAAAAAUAAGCUGGUGUUAAAAAUAAGGAGGAAAUUCAGAAGGACAGAGAGUCGAAAAAAAGAGCAGUGUUUUUUUAUUGCACAGUUGUAAAGUGUUGCCUGUGAGAAGAAAAAUUAAUGUGCAGAAACGCCUUUUUAUCA